AUAAUAAUAAGAAAACGUCCACAAAUUUCUCAAGUAACUGAAGCUUUAGAAAAAAUUGUCAUUGGCAAAACAAUACAAAAUGCUGCUAACAUUACUUUAUCAGAGAGUAAUUUAAUGAAAAAUAUUGAAAAUUCAUCAUUGAAUGAUUCAAAUAAUUCUAAUUUGGAAACAGAUUCAGAUGAUGUCAAUAUUGAAACAAAUUACUCUUAUUUUCAAAUUACUAGUACAAUGGAAAAAGAAGCUUUAAAGAUUUCUCAUUUAAUUUUAUCAAUAAUGGGAAAAGACAAUAAUCAAAUAUUAAUGUUCUGCUCUAAAGAUGGAAAAAAAUGGGAUGGUCCUUAUUCUUUUUUUGAAUUUGAUCAGUCAAGUACAGUAGCUACAAUAACAAAUUUCAAUAGUAAACUUUAUUUGGCUUUGAAUCAUGAUGAUCAAAUAUACCUCACUUCUACUGAUGAUAUAGAUGAUUGGAAACGCAUCAAAACAUCUUAUCAUACCAAGUAA